UUCUCUCUCUCUCUCUCUCGCUCGCUGCGCUGAAACCAAACGGCACUGAAGAAAUCCGCUUCCCGUUUGGUGUUCUCUGCCUGUCUAUUUGGUUGUUUGCUUUCGAGCAGCCGAGAGGACUGUUUCAUUUUGCUCCUUUUUUAUCUCUUGGGGACUGUCAAUCUCGAUCCCGAAGCAAAGCUGCUUCUUUUGGGUGUCGUUUUCUGUGGCCGGAUCAGAAGCUGUAAGAUAAGUACUGCGGAAGCCCGCACGGCCGCCCGCUUCCCACUCCCGCUCUCCCUUCCGCGGUGGGAUGCGAACAAAAGCGGUUCGUGCCAACAACCUCUCUCCGCCAUUACCGCGCCCUACUCGGAGCUCUGGUUAUAUUUUGGUGGGACGAAUAAGGGAAAGUUGGGGGUUUGGGCCGAGCGGAACCGAAAAGAUCGGAUCUUGGCGUCUCUUUCUUCUUCUGCAGCGGUAUGGCUCGAAGCUUGUUUAUCCUGUCUUUCUCGUCCUUGUCUCUAGGUUUUCAAUUCUGCCUGCCGUCCGUGAACAGGUAAUAUUUGCUUGGGAAUGAAUAUCCCAAUUCCUGUCUCCAAUAUCUUCUGGCCCAACCAUGGAUGCUGAUCUUGAAUUGGAGAACAAUUUGUCCUCUCUCAUGGAGAGUGACCAAUCAUGGGAAUCUCUGUCUGCUAGCUACUCUGGAAGCAAGGAUAUCGAGCGCAAACAUGUCUCUGAGGGUAACAAUCGAGUGACAGUAUCUAUGGUUUCCUUGGACAGCAUUCUUCCUGAUGACGUUUUAGAGAAAAUAUUCUCUUUUCUGCCCAUUGCAAGCGUCAUCAGGGCUGCAUCUGUGUGUAAAGUUUGGUAUCAUAUCAUCCACUCGAUGAGGUUUAUAUGGGCAAACAAGUUACCACAGAAGCCAUGGUACUUCAUGUUUACCUUUAAUGAGGCUGCAACAGGUUACGCAUAUGAUCCGGUUCUUCGGAAAUGGUAUAACAUUGAUCUCCCUUGUAUCGAGAAAAGUAAUUGGUUCGUUUCUUCUUCCAAUGGAUUAGUUUGCUUCAUGGACAACGAUACUCGGAGCCGUAUUUUUGUUUGCAACCCAAUUAUAAGAGACUGGAAAAGGAUUUUGGAGCCUCCGGGUGUUGUUUUCCCUGAUUACAGUUCUCUUGCCAUCUCUGUAGAUAGAAGUUCUCACCGUUAUACGAUAGUUGUCAUCAAAUCUAAACAGGUGCCUGAUGAUUUUUCACAGUGGGACUUCUCCAUUCACACAUACAAUUCUGAGAGUGAGUCAUGGGAAUCUUCCAUAAAUACGGUUUUGUCUGGAUGGAGGGGAGGUGAUGAAAGUGUGAUCUGCAAUGGAGUACUAUAUUGUUUGAUUCAUUCUACCGGUGUUGUGGGAAAUGCUGACCUCCGACAUAGACUGAUGAUGUAUGAUAUCUCAGCCACAACACCACAUGUUUCGUCGAUGCAGGUGACCAUACCGGUACCCUGUUCCCUCACCUGCGGUCGGCUGAUCAACCUCAAAGAAAGACUAGUGAUGGUUGGUGGAAUUGCAAAGUAUGACAAGCCGGACAUCAUCAAAGGGAUUGGCAUUUGGGAACUUGAUGCAGGAGAGUGGGUAGAGGUUGCUCGUGUGCCUCACAGGUUCUUCCAGGGGUUUGGUGAGUUGGAUGAUGUCUUUGCGAGCAGCGGUACCGAGGACUUGAUCUUUAUACAGAGCUAUGGGGCUACAGCUUUGCUUGUUUUUGACAUGAGCCAGAAGCAGUGGAAAUGGUCUGCUAAGUGCCCUGUGACCAAACGAUUCCCUCUCCAGCUUUUUACCGGUUUCUGCUUUGAACCUCGGCUUGAAAUGGUCUCCUGAUCUCUGCUGUUCUCUAGUGUUGGAACCGAGUUACAGUUUGCUAAAGCGUCUUUAAAUUUUUGUAGGGUUUCAGGUGCUGGUUUCUUGGUACAGAAAAAUCAUGUGUCGUGUUAUUUGAGGUUUUCUCUUCUUUUUUUCCUUUAUCUUGAUCAUGUGAUGGCACAAAGUGACAUAUGGAAUGGCAAGUGUUUAAAACGACAGGUUCUCCUAUAAAAGAAAAAGGGUUCAAACAUUA